AUGCAAUUCAAGACCCAAUUCGCGAUCCUCGCGGCUCUGGCCCCUGUUCUGCAAGCCCUGCCUGUUGAUAAUGGCGGUGCAGCUGUGGCCCGAGAGGUCAACGACAAGCGUGCGCCGGAUGACGCCGAUGCCGCUUAUGGCAUCUUCUACGCCAACGGAGCUGGUAUCAAGGCUAAGCGUGAUGAUGCCGAUGCUGCGUAUGGUAUCUUCUACGCCAACGGUGCAGGCACCAAAACCAAGCGGGACGAUGCCGACGCAGCCUACGGAAUCUUCUACGCCAAUGGUGCGGGAACCAAAGCCCGACGUGACGAUGCUGACGCAGCCUAUGGCAUUUUCUAUGCCAACAGCGGCGCGUCGAAGGUUAAGCGUGAUGAUGCUGACGCUGCGUACGGUAUCUUUUAUGCCAAUGGAGCGGACUCCAAAGUCGAGCGCGAAGAGACCAACGUCAGCGCGUGA